AUGAAUCCACUCUCUUCAGAUCACAUGGACAAAGCCUAUAUGAAUAAGUCUGGAAGGAUGUUAGGGAGACUGCUGCUUGCCUCUGCCUGGACUACUGUUGCUUAUGCUGUACUUUGCAAACCAGAUAUGCAGAAUGCUGUCAAAGUGCGGCUUAGUAUCAAAACAGCUUUGGGAGACAAUGCAUAUACCUGGGAUACUAAUGAAGAAUAUCUAUUUAAAGCAAUGGUGGCUUUUGCCAUGAGAAGAUAUUCCAGUCAACAAACAACCCAAACCUCCAAUGUUUUGCUUUGCAAUGUAACAGAUCGGGUAUCAUUUUGGUUCGUGAUCACUGAUUCAUCCACCAAUACCACACCCAUUCCGAGGAGUGAUGUAGAAGCAGCUAUAAGAAUGAAUAGAAACAGAAUCAACAGUGCCUUCUUACUAAAUGACAACACUCUGCAGUUCUUGGAAAUCCCAACAACUUUAGCGCCACCAAUUGGACACUCUGUGCCAGUCUGGCUGAUAGUAUUUGGGGUUCUUUUUUGCAUCAUUUUGGUUGGAAUUGUUUCCCUUUUAGUAUCAGGAAUCAAGCGACGCAAGAGAUGUAAUAAGAAGCUUGAAGAAACAGCAGUUUUGGAAGAGAAAUGUGAAACUGCCAUAACAGUGGAAAAUGGAAUCCCCUGCGACACUUUGGAUGUUAAAGCUGGCCAGGUUAAUGGUGUCUAUGCAGCAGCAGAUGAUGAAUGGUUCACACCCUUAUGAACUGUCAUUGUGUUCUCAUUAG